UGGAAAAGUGCGCAAAUUAUUCACAAUGGAAGGCACGCUCUUCCUGCCGGGCCCCUGGGGAGGUCACUCUCCCAACUCAACUCCUGAGGGCCAAAGCUUCAAAACUCAUCUUUAGAAAAAAGAAAACAAUUAGAGACGCCGGCAAUAUGGAUAUGAGCAAAAGUUUGGAGAUUGCUAAGGACAGAAUUAACCCGUUCUUCAUUCAGAAGAUCUACUGGAGCUGGAUGUCCUGCCUCAUCGGAGUAGAAGCCCUGGCCAACUUGAUCAAUCGCUUCCUGGAGUUUCAGAGACUCCGAGACCAAUCCCCCACUCCAUCGAAACCGAAAUCAGUGUUCUUUCGUGUGUAUGCCGCUUUGACGGUACUGGCCCGCCUUGUGGGCAGCGCAGCUCUACGACCAGUGCUGCUGUUUGGUCGCAGGGUUUACACUGGGCCGGUGAUGCCGUGGUUAUUCAUUACAGCUCAUUUCGCCACAACUGCUGUGAUGUGCUUCUAUGAUCUGGAUACCUACAACCAGUGGGAAUGGGAGGAGGUGGGGUAUCGCACUGGAUUUACCACGAUUGCCCAAAUGCCCUUGGUGUUCAUCCUCGCCGGAAGACAGAAUAUUAUAGGGUGUCUAGCUGGUAUGGGUUACCAGAGCUUGAACUGGUUCCACCGAUGGUUGGCUCGAACUCUCUGGCUAUGUGCGACAAUCCAUAUGGGAUUCUGGUUUCGAAGCUGGGGAAGGUAUAGCUAUAUAACCCACCAACUCAGAAACGAAUACUACUCCCAAUGUGGAUUUGCUGCCUGGUGCGUCCUAACCUUCAUCGUGAUUUCUUCUGCGUGGCCUAUCCGUCGACUGGGAUAUGAGUUCUUCGUUAUACAGCAUCUUGUGAUGUUCAUCGGCUUCACGGUGGCAGUUUGGCUUCAUGUAGAUGAAGCGGUUAGGGCUCCGGUUUGGGCAUCCAUUGGGUUUCUUAUUUUUGAUCGACUGGUGCGAUAUGUUUGGGCAGCUUUUAUCAACCUGUCGGUGUUUCAUAAAACUGCUGGAACGUGGCGCGGUCUCUGGACGCAUCAUGCAUCAUUCACUCCGCUAUCCGGAAACGUCGCUCGAGUCACCAUCCAAAACCCAGGAGCCCGAUGGAAACCCGGUCAGCAUAUGUUCCUUACUUGCCAUUCAAUAGCACCGUUACAAAGCCACCCGUUCACCAUCGCUUCGAUCCCUGAGGAUGGCAAGAUCGAGUUCCUCAUUCGAGCUGAGAAGGGUGCCACGAAACGAUUCUGGGAACAUGCAGUGCAAAACAACGUCCUCGAAGCGGCGGACACCGCCGGAUCAAGUGAGAAUAAUCGCGUCGUAUUCCUUGAAGGGCCAUAUGGAAAACACCGCUCCCUUCGACAAUUUGAUAGCUUGAUGCUUUUCGCCGGCGGCAUGGGGGUUACCUUCACGAUGCCGCUUCUCCGGGAUAUCGUUGGACGGUGGAAAAAGGCGUCUUCGCAAGGUGACAAGCCACGCUUGGAUGUGACAAGGCAUAUCCACUUUGUGUGGAUUAUCAGGUCACCCGAGUUUUAUAGUUGGUUUGGGACAGAGCUAGAGUCGGUGGCUCGGGACAUUGAUACUUGUCGACGUGACGCACCCGAUGUUAUUCGAGAUCUCAAGCUGAGCAUAUACAUCACUGAACCCGGUUGGAUGAACCUGGAAGAUGUGCUAGCAAACCAGAAUCAACUGGGUCCCGCUCAAACCCCAGCAAAAACAAAUCUUGCAUCAAAUGGUGGCGAGAGGAGAGAAACAGCCGACGAACAUGUUCCCUCUCCUCAUUCUGCUUCCCGAACAAAUGAGGGACUCGCAACCACCAAGGAAGAAGAGCGAUCUUUUACCCCCCAAAAAAUGACGCUGGGUGGUGGACGUCCAUCUGUGGAUACAAUAAUCCGUACGACCCUCCAACAGAACGAAGGGGAGAGCGCCGUAGUUGUCUGCGGACCUCCGGCUCUAUCAGACGAUGUCCGCCGCAGCGUCGUUUGCCUCACUGAAGAACGGGUUGCAGAUACGGGCAUAGGUGCCCAGGGGAUAUACCUCCACGUGGAGACUUUCGGAUGGUAGAAGUGAUGGAUGGGGCUGGAAUAAAUUUCAACAGGAGUUGGGUUUUUGGUAUGCAGUCGAGAGGGCCCAUUGAUGGUACAGAAGCCAAGAUAAACUGCAUAAUGCUGCUAGUAGAACCAGGUAAUGGUCCAAUAUUUUGUGAAUUUGGAUGAUUCGAGGGGCCUAUUUCGGACAUGAACAAGGACAGUGGGAUAGCUUGGAUAACCCCAAGUCCCUUUUCCCGAAGUGCUUCGUCUACAUAAAUUAGGUACGGCAGUAAACCAUGAAUUCCGUG